CAGUUAUUUAAGGAGGGGUCGGGAACUCGCAAACCACAUUCAAUGUCAGAGGCGCAGCAAAGUUUUGGGACUGUGACUUGAGGUUUCAUCGUUUCUCCUAGCCAUGUCGGCCAAGAACGGCUUCGUGACACCCUUUGCUUUGGCCGUCCUGUGUCAUUUCAUCGGUGGUAACCCCUCCUAUGCUGGGGUGUGUUGGCUACAGCAAGGAAGGAAUGGAAAAUGCCAGGCUUUGUCCAUGACUCGGAUUGAUCGGGAGGAAUGUUGCAGGAGCGGAAGCGCUCAAACUGCAUGGACAAAUCAGGAUAUACCAGAGAGUGACAUUUUAAAACUCAUAAUUCUGGGCGGAGUUAGCUGCCACCCAUGUCACAAAACAUGUGAGGGUGUGGAUUGUGGACGUGGGAAGAUUUGCAAAAUUAACAAACAUAACAAGCCAACAUGUAUCUGUGCACCUGACUGUUCCAAUGUCACAAAGAAGGUACCUGUGUGUGGAACCGAUGGCAAAAUCUACAAAGAUGAAUGCAGCCUUCUUUUGGCAAAAUGCAGAGGUUUGCCAGAAUUGGAAGUACAGUAUCAGGGUGAAUGCAAAAAGUCUUGCACGCAGGUCCUGUGUCCUGGAACCUCCAUGUGUGUGAUUGACCAAACCCACAGCGCGCACUGUGUCAUGUGCAGAGUCAUGCCCUGCCCAGAGCCUCUGUCAUCAGGGCAGGCGCUCUGUGGGAAUAAUGGCAUCACCUACCAGAGCGUCUGCCAUCUCAGGCGUGCCACCUGCCUGCUGGGGAAAUCCAUUGGCGUUGCCCAUUAUGGGAGAUGCAACUCGUCAGAAGAAGGCUUCAAGCAAAAAGGAGACAAUCAAGAAAAUACAGUGUUUUCGAAAUUCAUGCUUGGGUGGUAAUUUAUAAACAAAGACAUUAUAAACAGAGAAGAAAGUGACUGGGUAAAAAUUCCUCUGGGUGUUAGUGCCGUACCUUUGCAAUGUGAGUGUAAAUGCAUGGUCAUUUGAUGCAUUACCGGUAACACAACAACCAUCACUUCUGUUCACUGACCGCGUGCAUGAUUUGGUGGUGCACACAUCCAAGACUUGCAAGUUUAUUUUUCUUCAUUCCAACAGUUCAUUGAUUAAAACAGCCAGCGAUAAAUUCUCCAGAUUGGACGUUAUGUGCAGACCUGGAGAAUUUUGUUUGCGGUCGCCUAUUCAUUUCCUCCACAGAUGCUGCCUGACCUGCUGAGUUACUCUAAUACUUUGUGCUUUGCUCAAGGUACCAGCAAUUGCAUUUCCCUGUGUCUCUCUUGAUUAUCCCUGCUAUGAUGCCUCAGAGGUGCGUGGAGAAGGAGGGACAACACAGGCCCUGGGAAGAUGGAAUGUUGCUAUGCAGUUCAGAAUGUUACCAUCUAGUGUGAUAUUAAUGGAACUGUUGGAUUCAUUGAGUUACACAACACAGAAACAGUGCCCAAAGCCCACCACGCUAUGCUAACCUGUUUUUGCACAUCUUUACCAAUCCCAUUUGUCCACAUUAGAACCACAACCAUCUGCUGCUUUGCCUAGUUAAGUGCCGGGGCUAAAUGCUUCUGAAACAUAGUAAUAAUAACUGAUUCCAUCAUCUCUAGAAGUCAACCACUCCAUGUCAGUGAUUUGCCCCGUUGGGGAAGGGGGCAGGAGAGGAUACACAGGGACUCAUCUAGACAUGCUGUCUAAUCAUAUUAGACAGCAUGAGAAUCAGGCGUCCAAAACUUCAUGUUGUAAUGUGAAACCAGGCACUUGGAUCUGUUGAAUGGUGCCCAUUGUUACUCAAGCCAUCUCAUAGAAUCAGGCCUGAUGAGAAGGAAUGUGUAGGAAGAAACUGCAGAUGCUGGUUCACACCGAAGAUAGACACAAAAUUCUGGAGUAACUCAGCAGUUCAAGCAGCAUCUCUGGAGAAAAGGAAUAGGUGAUGUUUCGGGUUGAGACCCGAACCGUCAUCUCUUUAGGUUUAAGUUUAUUCUUGUAACAAGUACAGAGGUACAGUGGAAAGCUUUGUUUUGCAUCAAAUCAGAUGAUUGCAUUAAUAGAAUCAAAUCAAACUCUAGUACAAUUGAUAAGCAAAGGAGAAGAUACAGAGUGCAGAGUACUUGUAUUUGUAAUACAAAGCUGAAUUAACAAGAUCAAAGAUUCACGGUGGGUGUUUAUUCAUAAGAUCAGAAGACAUUGAAGCAGAAUCGGGUUAUUCGGCCCAUCGAGUCUCCUCCGCCAUAUGAUCAUGGCUGAUUUAAUUUCCUCUCUCAACCCUAUUCUCUUGUUUCUCCAGAGAUGCUGCCUGACUCGCUCAGUUACUCCAGCACUUUCUGUUCUUGUUUUGUAAACCAGCGGCUGCAGUUCCUUGCAUUUACCUGAUGUUUUGCUGCACCUUCUUACUAACUAUAGUGACUUUGAGAGUUUCUCCUGGGACAGGAUGUCACACUCUUCAUUUUCCCUGUGGGAAUGCUGCACAUUGUCUAAUGCACAUUAGGAUCAUCCCACUGUGCUCCAAUUACACACACCAAGUGCCUGCCUAGAUCCUUCAGUGCCUCAGGAACAUUUUUGAAAUUUUUCCCCUAUAGACUCACAUUAAUAGACGUUGCAAAAGUCUCUGACUUUGACUGCAUUUGUACUUUCCAGUGAACUCGUUACAUUCUCAGAGCAGUAAGAGGAAUUUCUGAAGAAGGGUCUCGACCCGAAACGUCACCCAUUCCUUCUCUCCAGAUAUGUUGCCUGUCCCGCUGAGUUACUCCAGCAUUUUGUGUCUAUCUUCAAGAGGAAUUACAACCCUGAUAUGUUUAUAUUGUACAUAAUAAUACCAUAUAUUUAUUGUAAGAAAAGCAAUGAAGAAAAUACUCCAUUUUAUUUAUACAUUAUAAUGAAUGUUUAUCAGAUGUUUGCCUUUGCCAUCUGAUGUAAUUAUAAUGAUUUUUCACAAAAUUUUGCUACUUUUUGAUCACCUUUCCAACUGUAAAAAUGGAUGUAUUUUGUAUCAUACCACAUUGUGUUAAACUGUUUCCAUCCUGCAACCAUCUUCAUUUGGAAUAUAUUAUCAGUCAUGUAAGAUGUAAGGUGUAUAUAGUGGUAAACACUUUGGGGGUUAAACGUGCAUUGUUUGCUAUCAGCAACAAGGAGUUGUAUGAACAUUUGUCUAUGGGACUGAUCAACCUUUGAUGAAAAUAACGAUCAUUAGGAAUUCACAUGAAUGACUUGUUCCUCAUAACACACAAUGCAAUAUCACCCUAUUUUAUAGUAGCCUUUGGCAACUCAACUAUAUGUUUGCAAUUACAUUGAAUUGAUAUUCUCAUGUUAUCCUUGUUUUGUAGCAGAAAAUACAUUGAUUUAUGAAA